AGAUGGAGAAAGAAUUUAGGGAUUAAUUUAGGUAUCAAACACUCAGAUAUAUAUAUAUAUAUAUAUAUAUAUAUAUAUAUACAUAUAAAUCAAUAAAGAGAGAAGGAAGAAGAGAGGCUAGAUCUAGAAUAUUCCAUUUUACCUUUUGUUUUAUUCUUCCGGAGGAGUACGACGGACGACGGGAAUCGGAGUCCGUUUAAGGGCGGCUGAGGCGGGAAAUUGUAGGGGUAAGAAGAGAAUGCGGGUUGAAUUAGAAGAAAUGUGGUGGGAAAAGAGAGAAGGAAAGUAAUUAGGAAAUUGUGAGAGAGAAAUUGGAAGGGGAAUGGUGAUGAUGAUGAUGAUGAGAGGAGGAAUAGAAGAUGCGGCGGUGAUCGGAGGAUUAAUGACGGUGCAGUUGAUAUACGCCGGAAAUUCGGUGUUGUUGAGUUAUUUGAUGUCGUUAGGGCUAAAUCCGCUCACCGUCGUUGUUUGUUUCGCCGCUGCUACUUCUCUCUUUCUCUCUCCUCUCGCCUUUUAUUUUGAAAGGAGGAAGUGGCCAAAGAAAUUGAGUUUUAAGUUGAUGCUUCAACUUGUUCUCAUCUCCUUUGGAGGAGUAACUUUGUUCCAAAGUUUGCUAUUAGAAGGAAUAAAGCUGACUUCUCCAGCAAUGGCUACUGCCAUGCCCAACCUUGCCCCUGGUCUCAUCUUUAUCAUUGCCUGGUGUUUUAGAUUAGAGAAAGUGGAAUUUAGUUGUGUAUACAGCAAAGUAAAGAUAUUAGGGACAAUACUAUGUGUAGUAGGUGCAAUCACAAUGAGCAUAAUACAAAGCAGCAUUAUAAUACCAUCAAAACACCAACAACUAAUGACAACUUCUCCACCACCACUUACCACCAUUGUACUCUUCAAUAAGGAAAAGAUUGUUGGUUGUUUCUACUUAAUGCUCUCUGUCUUCAUACUAUCAAGCAAUGUUGUCUUGCAGGCAACAGCACUAGGUGAAUUACCAGCACCAAUGUCAUUGAGUGCAAUAACAUCCUUUAUUGGAGUGUUCACCACAGCAGCUAUAAUGCUACUCCAAAAUCACAACUUACUAACAGAUUUGUCCAUUCUCAACAUCAAGGAUUUACUCUCUUAUUCUCUUUUGGGAGGAAUAGUGAGUGGGAUAAGCUUGAGCUUCAAUGGAUGGGCAAUGAAGAAGAGAGGGCCAGUUUUGGUAUCAAUUUUCAGUCCAAUUGGAACUGUUUUCUCUGUCCUUCUCUCUCUCUUCACCUUAGGAGACACUAUUUCUGUUGGAAGUGUUGGUGGUAUGUUGUUGAUGUUCAGUGGACUCUACUUUGUGCUAUGGGCAAAAAGAAAAGAAGGCUAUGGUGAUGGAAGUGGCUAUCUAACUGAUGAUGACUUUGAUCUUCAAAAACCUUUACUCUCUUAGAAACUCUUUCAAACUUUUUAUUAUGCUCACUUUUUUUUCCUAUUUUCGGAAAUCUAAUGGAAAAUUGGACUUGAAAUUUAGAUUCAGAGGGAGAGAAAAAAGAAACAAGAAUAUUUAACUUUGUUAUUUUUCCAUUCUUUUUGUGAAUCU